AGAAAAUUUAUAUUUCAUUUAAUUAGAAUUUAAUAUGUUCUAAUUCAAUUUUAUCACUUCCUGCUGUUCGUCAACGGGCCGUGGGGGACCAGCUGGGGCCACCGCCAUUACCGGCGCUUCUCCGACCUCCUCGUCUGCGAGCCGCUGACGCGUCGGUUUCAGGGCAUCGCCCGCAUGCCGCCGCCUCUGUGGAGCUUGGUCUUCUGCGGCGCCUACCUGAUCGACGGCGGCGGCGGGGAGCGCGGCGUCGGCAUGUCGAACUACCGGGUGCUCUGCAUGUUCGGCGAGCUGGCGUGCGUCUUCUCGCCGGGGAACGACGGCGGCUGGCGCUUCGUCGACACGGGCUUGAAGUACGGCGACGGCGAGGACGUCGAGUUCCCCGAGGACACCCAGUUCGUCGGCCGCGCCGCCGGGAAGAUCUACUGGUGGGCACCGGGUGGGCUAGUGCAGGUGUUCGACGAGGCCACGGACACCUUCUUCCUCAUGGAGUUCCCGAAGCACAUGCGGUGGGAGUACCACAAGUCCAACCUCCGGGUGAUCGGCGGCGUGGACGGCGGCGGGAUACGCGUCGUCCGCAUGACCGGCGAGGACCUGGAGAUCUACGGCGAGAGCGGCGGCGGGGAGUGGGCGGUGGAGAGGAGCGUCCGGCUGGCCGAAGCCACCCGCGGGCUGCCGGGGCGUCAGGAGGUGUUCUUCACCGCGGAGGCGCCGGCUGCGAGGAUCGUGACCGCCGGCGGCGACGGGUUCGUGACGCUGGCGCCGGCGGAAGAUGAGACGUGGCUCUUCUCCGUCGACCUGGAGACCAUGGAGGCGGAGCGCGACCACGAGAGGAACAAGCACGUCGGCGAGGCGCACCCGUGCUCGGCGCCGCCGCUCGCCGCCGUCUUCCGUGCUUGCGGCGUAGGUGACGCUACGAGGACGGAAAAAAGCGGAAGCCGCCUUUGAAACUGACGACGAACUUUAGAGAGUUUAUUUUGAGGAACUGGUCGAACUGACUUGUGAAGAUUCAUGUAAAAUCCUUGCGUUUCAAAGCUAUUAUUAGUUUUAGGAAAUAUUCUUAGUUCUAGGAAAUAUUCAUAGAACUGAUUUUUAUUGGUGCACGGUUUAUUACACAUAUAAUUAUGAGUGGUUUAAGAGCGCUAAUGACCGUUCUUAGC